UUGUUUUCUGGUGUGUUAUAAAUACUCUCUCCAUGCUCUUUCACUUCCCUGCAUCAUAGAUUUUCCUCCCAAAUUUUCCUCUCGCUUCUUCAAGAAACGAAGAAGGAGAUAUCAGAUAAAGAAGCUUGUGAGUGAGCACGACAGCUAUGGCAGGAGAGCAAUUACAGGUGCUUAAUGCUCUUGAUGUGGCCAAAACACAAUGGUAUCAUUUCACUGCCAUCAUCAUUGCCGGGAUGGGAUUCUUCACCGAUGCUUAUGAUCUCUUCUGCAUAUCUCUUGUCACCAAAUUGCUCGGCCGCAUAUACUAUCAUGUGGAUGGUGCGGAGAAGCCUGGGAGUUUGCCUCCCAAUGUCUCGGCUGCCGUUAAUGGUGUGGCAUUAUGUGGAACCUUAGCAGGCCAGCUCUUCUUUGGUUGGCUUGGUGAUAAGCUAGGCCGAAAGAAGGUGUACGGUAUGACUCUAAUGCUCAUGGUCAUCUGUUCUGUGGCAUCGGGUCUCUCUUUUGGCAGUUCCCCUAGAUCUGUGAUGACAACCCUUUGCUUCUUCCGGUUUUGGCUUGGCUUUGGCAUCGGUGGUGACUAUCCACUUUCUGCAACCAUCAUGUCUGAAUAUGCUAACAAGAAGACCCGCGGAGCUUUCAUUGCUGCAGUUUUUGCCAUGCAAGGUUUUGGAAUUCUAUCAGGAGGUCUUUUUGCAAUCAUAUUAUCCUCUGCUUUCAAUGCCUUGUUUGAUGCUCCACCCUAUGCGGUUGAUGCACUUCGUUCCACAGUUCCACAGGCGGACUAUGUUUGGCGUAUUAUUUUGAUGGUCGGAGCACUCCCGGCUGCUCUUACCUACUACUGGAGGAUGAAGAUGCCUGAAACUGCUCGUUACACUGCACUUGUUGCUAAGAAUGCGAAGCAGGCCGCAUCUGAUAUGUCAAAGGUCCUGCAGGUGGACAUUGAGGCUGAGCCAGAAAAGAUUGUGCAAAGCGAAAAGGCGAAGUCCGGAUUCGGUUUGUUUACUAAGGAGUUUGCUAAACGCCAUGGACUUCACCUGCUUGGAACCACCAGCACUUGGUUCUUGCUUGACAUUGCAUACUACAGCCAAAACUUGUUCCAAAAGGACAUCUUCAGUGCUAUUGGCUGGAUUCCUCCUGCGAAGACCAUGAACGCCAUUGAGGAAGUUUUCAGAAUUGCAAGGGCACAAACACUAAUUGCUCUUUGCAGCACUGUACCAGGCUACUGGUUCACAGUGGCUUUGAUUGAUAAGAUGGGAAGAUUUGCCAUCCAACUAAUGGGCUUUUUCUUCAUGACAGUGUUCAUGUUUGCACUGGCCAUCCCUUACGACCACUGGACACAUAGGGACAAUCGAAUCGGCUUUGUAGUCAUGUACUCGUUGACUUUCUUCUUUGCCAAUUUCGGACCAAACGCCACCACAUUUGUCGUUCCUGCUGAAAUUUUCCCGGCAAGGUUGAGGUCUACUUGCCAUGGCAUAUCUGCAGCCGCCGGAAAGCUAGGUGCUAUUGUUGGUGCGUUCGGGUUCUUGUAUUUGGCUCAGAACCAGGAUAAAUCCAAGGCAGAUGCAGGGUACCCCGCAGGCAUUGGGGUAAAGAAUUCACUUAUUGUAUUAGGUGUAAUCAAUGCCUUGGGGUUCCUCUUCACUUUCUUGGUGCCAGAAUCGAAAGGGAAAUCAUUGGAAGAGAUGUCGGGCGAGAACGAAGUCGAAGAACAAGCAGAGGCAGAGCCGUCAUCUGCCACAGUUCCUUGAACGAGACGUAUUGUA